AUGAGUGGUUAUAUGCUGGUGAGAGUUGUGCAGGCGUUGAGGUUUAUGAAGGUACGAGCUCCCUUCACCGUUAAUGAGCUCACACUUGAUCUGAAUAACGAACAGCAGUCAGAGAGCAAUCUGUCCAGGAUCCUGAGCAAAUUAGCCAUCCUUCUGAGACUCUGGACUGUCCCGUGUUUGAACUUGACAGAAUACAAGAUUCAGUCUGUUUCUGUGUCUGUGCUACUGUGUCACCAGGGACCAGUGACUCUCAGACUGUCCAAAGAGACUCUCCAGAAGCUUGUUAAAUGUGUCUAUGAAGCUCAGGAAGAGGAACUGACUCAAUGCUUCCUGCAGAAAGUGGACGGGGAUCUGACUUCCUGUUCCUUGAGCUGGGAAGAGCUCCGUUACUUCCUGCAGCACAGAAUUCAACAAAUCACUCUGAACCUCAGAAAGACUAACAUUCAGGCCAACAUCAGAGAAAUUCUGCCAUUCCUGAAACAGGUUAAGUUUAAACGGAUGAGCUCUGACUUCAUGCUGUGUUUGAUCAGAGAGAUCUAUGAGUCUGGCUCUGCUGGGUUUGUGUCCAGUCUGCUGAGUUCAGUGGAGAACUACAUUAACCUGCAGAGCAGAGAUCUGGACUCUGUUCACUGUGCGUCCCUGCGCUUCACACUGCAGCACUGCACUGCAGCUUCACUCAACCUGCUCUGGACCUCCAUACCAGAGGAAGAGCUGCAGAGCAUUCUGCCUCUCUUCACACACCUCUCCCACCUCAGUGUUGACAGGCUGCUGUUACUGAAGAUGCUUCACUGCUGCAGUGUCUCUGAUGUCCAGCAGGAAACAGCAGCUGUUCUGCUAUCUGUCCUUCAGCACAAGCUGGACUUCUCCUGCCGCUCUGCUCUGGAUCUGACAGCAAACACAGACUCAGAGCCUCUACAUCUGACCGCUGAAGACUGCCGUGUGAUGUCCAGAGUCAUUCAGAGUGCUCAUUCAGACACAAAGUCACGGCUGAUUCUGCAGGACUGUGAGAUUCAUACAGCUGGAAUGGAUCAGCUGUUCCCAGUGUUACACUCUGUUCAGCUCUGCUGUGAUAAACCUCUGCUGCUUCAGUUUCUGGCUCAUGUGAGGCCUGAAGAAGCCCCGUCUCUCUCUCAAGCUCUGGGUGAAGAUCUGGAUCUCAGUCAGACUCCGCUGGAUCCGCAGGUCUGUAGAGGUCUGGAGCUGAUUCUGGAAUAUUCUGAAGGACUGACAGAACUGGAUCUGAGUCAGUGCCUUCUCACCGAUCACAGUCUGGAUCUGCUUCUUCCAAACCUCCAUAAAGCUCAAAUCAUUGAGUGA